UUUUUGAUUUAUUUUUUUUUAAAAAUAAAAAUAUACUUAAGUAGUUUAUAAAGAAAUAUAAAUCGCGAUUACAAAAACAUAUUUUUUAAAAUAUUCAUUUAUAAUAAAUCCAUGAAAUUACCUUCAAAAUCAUGAAGAUGCACAAAUAUUGAAUGUCCGAAUUUGAUUUUUAGACGGAAUUUUUUAAAAAAAAUGGCCUCAACCCCUUUGCAACUGUCAACGCUCAACUUUUGGAAAACUUUUGAUCUGCCAAAAUUUCAAAAAGAAUUGGAUCAAAUAGCUUUGGAUAUAGCCAAUAGGCAAGAUGAAAGUGAUAUUUCUCGUCAGAAAUUAGUCGAACAAAGUCGCGAAUUCAAGAAAAAUAGUCCAGAAGAUGUCAAAAAAUGCGUUGCACCUUUGUUCAAAAAUUUUCAACAAGAAAUCGAUUCCUUAUCCAAGAGGAGCAAAGCGGCCGAGGCCGCAUUCCUAUCCGUCUACAAACAAAUCAUUGAUUUCGUAGACCCGUCCACUCUAAUCGAACAAUUCGAAAAGUUACAAAAGAUAUCCCAAAAGAUAAAGGAUUUGGAAGUAGAAAAUAAGCAAUUAAGGGAGACCCUCUUGGAUAAUAACAGAGAAUUGGCACAGGCAAAAUAUUGCGAGGAAUUAUGCAAGAAGUUAGAACUCAAAUUGAAAGAUACCGAAAAAAAUAUUCAAACUUUGACGGAUGCAUCCGUUAACAAAAUUCAAGAAGAGAUGGCUAAAUCUUUCACUGAUCGGGAAACUCAACUUUUAACUGAAAAAGAAUCACUCAAUGACACGAUAGAAAGACUGAAAUGCGAAAUAAACAACUUGAGAGGCUCUUUCGAUUCCAUAAACGCUCAAUUGUUCGAACUUAAGAACAAAUACGACGAAGACAUGUUGGCCAAGAAUAGUGAAAUAGACCUAUUAGCGAACGAUAUCGAAAAUCUCACGCAUAAAGUUGAGGCUUCCGAAAUGGAAAAUCGAAAUUUGAAAGUGGGACAAGGAAAUGGCAAAACCUUUGACGAUAAUGAAAGAAUAGCCGAAUUUAAUAAUGAAAUCAAUUCCUUGAGAUCUCAAAUGGAUAGAGAACUGGACUUAAAGGAUAUCGAAAUAACCCGGUUGAUGGGUGAAAUGAAGGAUUACAAGGAUAAUUUUAUCGAUCUCGAACGAGACACGGGCUCAAAAAUUGCUCAACUACAAGAGGAAAUUAUGCUUAAGGCCAAAGCUUUAGAGAUAUUGGAGGAAAGAUUAUCUUCUAUGGGAGACUACCAUAUUAUGAAAAGAGAACUUAACAUCCUUAAAUCGAUGGAAUUUAACGAGCAACAAGUGGAAUCAAAUAUCUCUCCAAACACAGAAAAGGAAAAAUCUUUGGAAAUGUUAGUCAUGGAAAAAAACAAAGCCAUUAAACAUGAAAAUGCUUCUCUAAAAAUUAGCAACGCUCAGAUCAAUGAUCCUUCGACGCCGCGUCUACUUAAUCAUAAUUCACCUCCGCCCGACAUUUUUAACUUUAAUUAUAACAACGCAAAAAUUUAUGAAGAUAUAAACAAGUGUAGGGUCGAAAAGGUGAAACCCGAAUCUCCUAAAUCAAACCAAGAUCAUAAUAUAUUUUUAUCUAGCCAUUCUACAAAACUUAGCCAGAAACAGUGCAGCUUCGAAGGCUAUGUGACCCAUAAUAGUGUCAACAGUUUUCGCUCUUUAAGCGAACUUAAUAAUUUUAAUUUAUCGAGCCCUGUAACCCUUUCGACCAAAUCGUUUCCCACGAAAGAAACAACGUCCACGCGUAACAGCUUGAGCGAUCAUUAUUCCGGUUCGCUCAGCUGCAAAACCGAGUCUCACGAUGACAAAAGAUCUCAACAUACUCCACACAAAACGUAUCUUGAUACGUCCGCUAUGAUGAACCCAUCAAACGCCGAUAACAUGAUACUUUAUCAACAAAUGGCUGCUGCUUUUUAUUAUCGUCAAUUUUUCGAAAAAUGGGACAGGAGAAUGCCGCCUAACCCACCGAUCGCCAACAUUAAUAGCAUUUCCAACGAUAAUAUUUUCAACCAUACCUUCCCCGAUUAUUUUGGUAGAACAACUCGAGGUAUCCCAAGAAACUCUAACAAUAGUAGUAAUAUUGCCACCCCGCCGAACGGCGGUUAUAAUGAAUCUUCAAAAGUCAGGAAUAUACAUAGAGGAGACCUCACGGAUGACUUUGUGGCCAAUGGAUUAUUGGGUCAUCGACAUGAAAAUUCAGAAAAAUGUCACAAAAAUAGUGCUCAAAGUAUUACCAGUCAAAGCCAAAAAACACCGAUCUCACCCAUAUUUUUUAAGCCCUGCAAGGCUUCUAUCGCUAAUUUUAUACAUACCAUCGUUAACGAUUUCGGACCAAGUAUCUAUAACCACGAUAAUUUUAAUUAUCAAAUGUCUCAUUCUGCCCCUUCCCUGAUGCUUAACGUUGUUUCCUCUUCGGAGCAAUCAAUAAAACGUUUUCGUAACCUAUUAAGUGUUAACGAUGAUCUCAGUUUAAUAAACAAUUUCAACAAUCACUCGUCACUUGUGCUAAAUUCGAAAAUGGACCAAGAUAGAGACUCAAAUCCGCGCAUCCAUCGAAAUCACAAAGGUAUUACUGUAACACGCGCCUAUCAAGAAAAUUUAUUCACCAUUCCAUCUCACAUUCAGUCACCUCCCUCUUCUAGUCUUAACAAAAAUGAAACCGGCCCUAUUUUCGCUUCGUAUUUCAGUAAUAAGGUUGGAUCCUGUGAUAAUGAUUCAGAUCUCAAUUCCCACGACCAAGUAAAAAUGACCAAAGAAACCACCUUCGGAGACGAUGAUUUCAACAAAUAUAAAAGCGGAGACCCCAAAAUAGAAUUAGUUGAUUACGAACAAGACGAAAGUCGGAAUAGCUUUUCUUGCUCUUUUACAUGCAAUAAUAAUCAUAACGAUAAUUUGAACGACGCCAAAAGCGAUUCCAAAUUACUUUGUUCACAAUCAAAAUCCUUAAUUAAUGAUAUUCCAUUAGCUCCAAAUCAAACCCAGAAUAAAUGCAAAGAAGAUUGCACCAACGUUACAAAUAUGAGUAGACUACUACCUAAUACGGAAGAAAUCGCCAAAAAGGUAAGGGAGGCUCUCUGUUUUAAUCAAAUCGGACAAAGAGUUUUCGCGAAAUACAUUUUGGGCUUGUCACAAGGUACCGUGAGCGAAUUGUUGUCGAAACCUAAACCAUGGGAAAGGCUUUCCGGUAAAGGAAGAGAGUCAUACAGAAAAAUGCACGCCUGGGUUAGUGAUCAGACAGCUAUACUCGCUCUUAAAUCAUUGGCACCAAAGAGAGCCAAAGAAAUUACGAAUAAUCCUUCCAACUUGAAAAAGGAAGACAAGCAAACAAAAGAAAAAAUAGCUGAUAUACUUUCGAAGGCUCAAAAAGCUAUGAAGACAGUCGAUAAUUCCCCUUUGAGCGAGGAUAUAAAACCCCUAAAUCUUAUUAAUAGUGCAUCUCCUAAUAUUUCUUAUUCAUCUAGCCACAAUUAUAAUGAUCAAAAAAUUAAUGAAACUUUAGAAAAUAGAAUCAAAUCCGAGCUGAUUUUCGAUGACAAUGAUAGGGAAAUUAUGAAUGAAAUGCAUGAACAAGAUAUGCCCCUGGAUAUGAAAAUAUACCAAUCGAUUCGCGCAUCCCCGCAUUCAAACACUGAAGAUUUAAACAUAUUGUCAUCGCCUUCCGACCUAUCCCACAACCAUCAUCUUAUGUACAACACAAACACUCUCAGAAAACUUUGGUUGGAUUAUUUUCAAACUUCAUCCCCUCUGCUUUCAACGCCCAACCAAAAAAUCAACGAACAGAAAAGUAUUAACGAUACAUCAACAAAUUACGAUUUGGAUGGAGCCACCAUGAUAUUAAAAAUGAUGACUGCUUACCACUCCAAGGGCCAGAAUAACGUGAACAACUUUUUGGAUGGCAAUCCUUUCUUUUCUACACAUACUAACGGAUCCGAGGAUUUAGACUAUGAUUUCAAGGAUCAUCCUUUUGACAAGAAAAAAGCCAUGAUGGCUUUGGCAGCUUAUUCUCGCCAAUAUUACGGGCUCGUUGAAAGGUACUACGAAAAUCAGGCCAAACUUGUAACAUCAAAUGGUUCCGAUAAUACCGAAUGUCCGUCUAAAGCUCAUUUUGAAGAAUGGGAUCAAAACUAUGAGCUCGCGAAACGUAAAAUAGAAGAGGAAAGUUGUGAGGAUGAUAUGGGAGGGUACAAAGAGCACUUUGUUAAAAAGAUGAAAAAUCAUUUCUAUACCGAUUCAUUUUACGAAGAAAUGCGAUCUCCAGUUUGCUCUAGUCCAUUGAAUUUGACCAAAAAGAAAUAUGACAAAAAUAACGUAUUUCCUCCUUGCAAUUUUCGCCGCGAUGUCGAGGAUUCGGAGCAAACCCUUACGUCUAAUUAUACGAAUAAUAUUCAAAGCAUAUCUAACGAUAUUUCUCUUACCAAUACAGUUAAUCCGCUAAAUUACAUCCAGUCAAUCACCAACUCUAUAUCAUCUCCACAGGCUGCCAAUUUACAAGAAACUAAAGUUUGUGUUAAAAAACUUCAAACACAGUUAUCUUUCCCUCCUAAACAACCAAUACGGUUAAAUGGUCAAAAUAACGAAUUGAAAAUGGAUUCAAAUGAAAAGAAUAAAAAUUUUAAUCAAAAGCAACCAAAUACCGAUGAUAUAGUUAAGGGGGUCAAAGAAUAUUUAGCUAAAUUUUCUAUCAGUCAAAGAGUGUUUGGAGAGAUGGUACUAGGUUUAUCUCAGGGUUCGGUAAGCGAUUUGUUAGCCAGGCCUAAACCUUGGUCCCUUCUCACCCAAAAGGGCAAAGAACCUUUCAUAAGAAUGCAACUAUUUCUGGAGGAACAACGUUUCAACACCACACCUCCUCCAAUGACUUCUCACACAUCAAUGCCCUCGGAUAAAUUGCCAAUUGAUAAACAUCAACACGGUACCGAUACCACAGUAGACUCCAUCAAAGAUAAUAACCACAGUGAUAAUAUUAAAGUCGAAAGUUUAAUGGAUUCAAAUAAUAAUAACGAUAUAAUAAAAGAGUAUCAAGAAAUGGAACAAGAUGAUUCAAGUCAUUCUUCCUUAUCUACCCUCGCAUUUUCAGAAAAUAAAAUUAAAAUACCUUCACAAACUCAAUCUCCGUCCAACGAAGGACCCACCAUCAUAAAAAGGGAAAUAGAUGAUUUUCAUCAAAUGAACGAAAAUGUAAAUAGUAAUCAUUGUAACGAUUCAAUUGCUGUCAGUAAUCCCGACAUAGAUGAUGCAUCAUAUGGCACCGUCCCAAUCAAGCCUCAUAAUUUAAUUAAAGAGAAUUAUGAAACGUUAAUUCCUAAUAGUAACUACCAUUUACCUGUUUGCAAUUCGAACAACGUAAAAGGCAACUCUAAAACUUCCGUGUCAUCUCUCAAGACUUCGGGUCAAAAUGGUAAAACUACAACGAUAACUCAUAAAAGUCAACAACCCAAUAACUCAAAUCCGAUUGCCCCCAUCUUUACACCGUCUUCUUCUAAUCUUCUCGAGAUAACGGCCGUUUCUGGAAACUUAGAUACACUAGCGUUAACCCUUAGAGUCAAGGAGAUAUUGGUCAAUUACAAUAUAGGGCAGAAGGUUUUUGGCGAGUCGGUCUUAGGGCUUUCGCAGGGUUCCGUUAGCGAAUUACUAUCCAAGCCCAAACCUUGGCAUAUGCUCAGUCUCAAAGGACGGGAGCCAUUCAUUCGUAUGCAUUUUUGGCUGAGCGAUUCAUCAAAUAUCGAAAAGCUAAAAACAUGGAAACAAAAAAAGAAAAGUAAAUAUGAGGCCUAUCGUGACCACGGAAAUGCCACUCUUCCUAUCAAUCAUAGCUAUAGUCACUCAAACAAUCCUACAUUAAUAGCUAACCAUUCCAGACGUUCUCAAUCUCUUUCUGUACCCUAUAACGAUUCUUUUGAAUUCAAAGAGGAUCUCAACGAAUACGGGAGGGAAGAAAAACAAGUGGAUAUAAAUAAUGCUGGUCAAAUUUGUCUCUUUGGCACAUCUUCCCCACACAUCGCUCAACCCACUAUCGAAACAAAACUUGAUAGAUCAUCCAUUCAUGAUGAUGGCUUCAAAAUAAAUGAUGAAUAUAGUGACAGAAAUGGCUCAAAUAACAAAAAUGAUGAAUCUUACAUAGAUUAUGACCAAGUUGGUUGUAUAGAAGGAAAAAAUGAAGAAAGAAGAGCCAUUGAAUCGGAUCACGACUUUGAUCAAAGCGAAAUUUCUCGCUCUUCGUCAUUGUCAUCGGAUUACGAUGACAAAGUUGGCAAAGGCUCGAAUCAUCUUAAUUCGUCGACUCCUUCCCCUUCCUUUCUUGCAGAUCUUGAUUGCCUAAGAUCCGAUAGUAUCGGCGCGAAAUCCUCUGCCAUUAACGAAAUAGAUAGUCUAAUUACGUCGCCAGACGCACAGUCAUUAUACGGUAACAAAGAUAAGAAGAGCGGGCAUAUCAACGUUGGAGCCCACAAAAGAAAGAAAACAACUCCUCUCAAGGUUGAAAAUAACGAUAAAGGUAUCCAGCACCAUGCCGUCUUCACCAAUGACAAAACUGAUGUUUUGGAUGACAGCAAAGCCAAAUUGAAAACCUUCUCUGACGAACAAAAUGAUAACAAUAACUCAAAUCAUCCUAUCAAUAACGGCAAUUGCUUGUCGCAGGACGAACAGGAAGAAAAUAGGACUACCGAUUUGAACUAUGAUUUACCUGGAUCGGUGAGGAAUGGAUUUCGAGUGAUCGAAAGCAGCGAGAACUACCAGUGUAGAGAGGACGGAAUGAUGAAUUAUUAUAGGGAUCAUAGUAUAAAGAAACCCAAAAACAAUCAUGCCGUCGUCAACGAUCGUUUCUUUUACAAAUUUUUUCAUGAAGACACCGAUUCCAAUAACGAAGGUAAUUGGACGCGAAUAUCCAACAUCGAAAGGCUAAAACACAAACUUGCAUCGUCGGAUGAAAUUCUAUCCAAAUCUUGGGAAUUUUCCUUCAUCAAGAAAUACGAUAGAAUCUCGAAUGAUAAUAUCGAAAAAGAAAAACUAUUAAGCGAACGAAAUUCGUUGAUCGAAAAAUUGGAGAAGGACCUAUUAGCUUUGGAGUCCAUGACAAUUGGCUAUAGAGGAGAUGGCGAAGGCCAACCAGCAUCCCCAUCAUCUACCGAAGUUUUAAAAUCUGCAACCUCUCAAAUAGGAUAUCCUAAGUAUUCGUCGAUGGAAUCUAUCACGUCUAACAACGCUGAUUCACUGUUGCCUAUUGUCUCCAGUCAAAGGGAACGAUUUAAAACAAGGAAUAAAGAGCUAGAAGGGGAAAAUGCUGACCUUAAAAAGAAGCUCCAUGUUACGAAAUUGGAACUUGACCAAUACAAAAAUGAUAAUCUAAUGCUCUACGAAAAAAUUCGAUUUAUGCAGAGUUAUUCUAAUACGACAUCUAGUAGCUUAGCUUCCCAAAGAAAUUUAUUACUACAAGGAGCUGAUCCAUCGGCAUACGUUAAUUUAAGAGAAAGGUCUAUGUCUCCCAGAUCUUCGAAGCGCAGUCAAGUUGAGACAACUUACGCAGAUAGAUACGAAAGUAGACUAGAUCCAUUUAGGGAUUUCAAUAUGAAGGAAAAGCAAAGAAAGCUGAAUAAUCUUAACCCUCCCGAAAAGAUGAUAUAUUUUAUGGCUACAAGGAUGGUUUCCAAUAGAACUGCAAGAAUUUUCGCCUUUAUUUAUAUGAUAAUUUUACACUGUUUAGUGUUUAUGGUUUUAUAUCAACUGGCCAAAAUUGAAAAUUGUCAUAGAGAAGCAUCGGUGGAUUGGGCUGCCAAAUACUCUGAUCACAUGAAGGAAGCUCACAAAGAUUCCCAUCACAAAUGAUUAUUUAAAUACAAUAUGGGAUACCUA